AUGAAAGAGUUAUUUCCAGACGCUCAUAAAGCCAUCACUAAUGACUUCUACAUGGACGACUAUCUGGGCGGUGCCAACGACGUAACGGCCGCCGUAAAAUUACGCGACGACGUUAUCAACAUUUUAAAUACGGCCGGCUUCAAAUUACGUAAAUGGAUUUCUAACGACCGUCGAUUAUUAGAACACAUAUCAAACGAGGACAAUGACCCACUGCGCGUUCUAAAUCUGGACGAGAGCUGCACUACAAAAACGUUAUUUCUGUUUUGGAAUCCGUUUAACGACGUACAUCAAUAUAAAGUAAACAAUAAUUGUAAAAACAAUGCAGAACGAAUUACAAAACGUAUAGUAUUAUCAACAAUAGCGACUAUAUUUGACCCGCUCGGUCUCGUCGGACCCGUUGUCGUCGUCGCCAAAAUAUUUAUGCAAAAACUAUGGCAAGCACGUAUAAAUUGGGAUGACCCUGUUGCGUCGUCGCUACACGAAGAAUGGCAAAAUUAUCAACAAACCUUACCAGAACUUGAAAAAAUCCACAUUCCAAGAUGGAUAAUCGGUUGUUCGAACGUGUUAGUCACACAAAUACACGGUUUCGCUGACGCGUCGAUACAAGCAUUCGGCGCGUGUCUAUACGCACGGACCACAGACGCAUUAGGCAAUCACCAUUCCAGACUGAUAGUCGCAAAGUCAAAGGUGGCUCCAUUAAAGGUAGUCUCUUUAGCACGCUUGGAAUUGUGUGCAGCUGUUCUGUUAGCGCGACUAGCUGAUAAGAUAAUACCAAAAUUAAAUAUUACAAUAAAUAAAAAACAUUUUUGGCCUGAUUCGACCAUAGUACUCGCGUGGAUAAAUUCGCCUUCAACACGCUGGAAAACAUUUGUAGCGUCGAUCCGGACCAACAAGGGAGAGGUCAAGCGUGCCGCUCGCUCCUUAUGCCCACUACCAAUAAAGGAUGAUAAUUAA